AGUGCCUCUACGUACAGAAAGAGGAGGAGGUCAGGGAUCUCCGAGUCGAGUUGGCGAAGGCUCGUCAAGAACAAACCGAGCUUAUUGAAAAGGCCCAGCAGAAGGGCGAACUGGUGGAGCAGCUCCGAGAAGAGCUCAAGAUGAAAGAGGCUGAGACCCUAGGGUGGAAGCAACACAUGGACCGCCUCGCUUCAGAGAAAGAUACACUUCAGGAACAACUAACUUCAAUCGAACGCCAGCUUCAAAAUGCGAAGAAGGAAAGCUUGGCCCGGAGCCGCAAAAUCGAGGAGCUCGAAGCUAAAUCAGCUGCUGAGCUUGCGAAGGCUAUCUGAGGCAGAGGCAUUUGAGUCCUCGUACCGAGCUGACGCCAAAGCUGCUAACACUCGAGCACAGGAGAUCUCCAUUACGGCUGAAGUUAAGUUAUCAUGUGCUCUUUAUCAUGCCAGGUGGCAGUCCCGGAGAGAACCUCUCGAAGAGGUGCACGCUCGUGGCUUCGACCUCUCAGCUGAUAUUGAAAGAGCAAAAACUUUGGAGGAAGAGGCUGCCGUUUUGCUCUCUGAUGACGAGGAUUCCGCUAGUGGCUUCGAGAGUGGAGGAGAUGAGGAUGAAGUUCCCGAGGAGGAGGUUCCCGAAGAUGCGGCUCCCGAGGAUGCAGCUCCCGAGGGUGUGGCCCCGAAGUAGAUUAGGUUCUUUUGCUUUGUUUUU